GCUGUUUUUAAAAAGGCAAGGCAGCUCUCAAGUUGAUCAGUCUGCUGAGGGAACUUCUGCUGGAGAAAGUCCUGGCGUCCAAACUAACGAGGGAAGAGCAGCCGUUUUGUGCACAGUUGCGUUGCUCCUGCAGAGGACAGUGGCUCCGGAGAAGCAACGCGCGUUUUUAAAUUGAUUUCUUUUUGCACGGCGCAAAGCCCGUAAUUCAUGUUUUUGCUUCAUAGAUAGCAACACUCCUGGAUAAAGACUCUUGGCUUUAGCUUUAAAAAAUCGGAUUAUCUGACUGAGUCAUUGUGUUCAUUCGAGCAGUCUCCUUUUCUCCCCUCCUCUUCGCAUUUGAGCUUUAUGCUGUAGCUGAAGAGAGAACACAACGAUGAUUCUGAGUCUUUGCCUCCUGGUGACAUUUAUCUUGGGUCUGUCCGGGUGCUUGGGCUUGGGCUCAUACGUGCCGUGCGAGCCUUGUGACCAGAAGGCGCUGUCCAUGUGCCCUCCGGUCCCCGUCGGCUGCCAGCUCGUCAAGGAGCCGGGCUGCGGCUGCUGCUUAACGUGCGCCCUGUCCGAGGGGCAGGCGUGCGGCGUUUACACCGGGACCUGCACCCAGGGCCUCCGCUGCCUGCCGAGGAGCGGGGAGGAGAAGCCCCUGCACGCCCUUCUUCACGGCAGAGGAGUGUGCACCAACGAGAAAGGAUACAAGCCGGCUCACGCGCCCGUAGCUGCUGCAGAUCGUGAGUCUCGGGAACACGAGGACGCCAUGACCACAGAGAUUACAGAGCUGCAGCCGGCGAAAGUGCCCCUCCUCCAUAAAGACAUUGUGAACAGUAAAAAGGCCCAGGCCUUGCUCAAGGAGCAGAAGAGGAAGCAGGGCAAGCAGCGCAACUUCGGCUCCACCACGGACUACUCUCCUCUGUCCAUCGACAAGCAUGAGCCUGAAUUUGGUCCAUGCAGGAGAAAACUGGACGGCAUCAUUCAGGGGAUGAAGAACAACUCUCGCGUGUUGGCUCUGUCUCUGUACAUUCCCAACUGUGACAGAAAAGGAUUCUUCAAGCGCAAACAGUGUAAACCAUCUCGCGGCCGCAAGCGGGGCAUCUGCUGGUGUGUGGACAAGUAUGGCGUCCAGCUGCCCGGCACGGACUACAGCGGAGGAGACAUCCAGUGCAAGGACCUGGAGAGUAGCAACAACAACGAGUGACGGGGAGGCCGUCCUCCAGAGGGCCCCCCCACCACCACCACCACCCUAGCCAUCGUACGGCCCAGGGCUCUCGCUCCUCUCUAAAUUCGCCCUCUGUUCACCUCAAGAAUUCAAUGUUUUGUUUUGUUUUUUUUUAUUGAAAAAAUAGGAGGAAAAAUCAAAUUGAUCGAACGGGCUGAGAACGGACACCUGCAUUUUUUCCUUUUCCUGUCUGUUGUUUACCAAGCACUCAUCUCCGAAUGAGGGGAGACGUCCCAGAAGAUUCACUCCACCCCUGACUGUUGCUCGCGGACCUCCGUGGUCCUGUGGCUGCACUUUCAUGAAAAUAUAUGCACAUAAUGGAUAUAUUUUUAUAUGUGGGGCUUCACUACAAUUUGUAUGAUUUGAAAUUUAUUGGAAGUAAAAAAAAAAAUCAUUAGGCACAUUGAACACGAUCAGUUGUAGGCUGUGGGACACGACGCCACUCUGGAACUGACCAUUGGCUGUUGAGUAAUUUGGUUUUUUGUCUGUUUUCCAAAAGAAGAAAAAAGAAACAAUUGGUGGAGAAAUGCUGUAAAAGUUGACUCUAUCUGGGUUUGUAGUUCUGUCAAAGCACUUAUGACGAGGGGAACGUGCUUAGAUAUAUGUAACUUCACAACGCAAUGUGUGUGUGUGUGUGUGUGUGUGUGUGUGUGUGUGUGUGUGUGUGUGUGUGUGUGUGUGUGUGUGUGUAUGGACCAUAUCAACCUGUGUUGGGUUAUGAUGGAGUGGAGCCCGCCCUGCUUCGUUCUUUCUCUUUUGUUUGACUCUGGACUUCUCUUCAACGUAACAAACAAAACAAACAAAGAGUGGGCGGAUGGCGGCAGACCAAGCGAGUACGCGGCUCUUCCACAGCGUAGCUAGCCCGACAAGCCAACUGUGCCUCACUGCACAGACACUGCCAUGCAGGGCGACACGGACCUGCAGGGGGCGCCGCCUCCCGCUGGUGACAUAGUGUGCGAUGCGAUGCGGAGCCGCUCCGGCUCCCGCUCAGCUGUGUGAAGUGUAGCUUUGCAUGGUUUUGUUUGUGCUGUUCUUCUUGCCUUCAGUGAAGUAACGACUGCCCACAUUUGAGCCAUUUUCCUUUAUCGAGUGGUUUCCCCUCAGUACUGCUACACAGUGUAACCGUGGUGUAUUGAAUUACAUUUAAAUAUAGUUAUUGAAUGUUGUUUUUUCCUCUAGAAGCAAAGUAUGACAACAAUGUAAUUGUGUUUUGAAAAAUUAGCCUGUAAACUCUCUUAGAUGAUACGACGACAGGGCAGUGGAAGAAGCUAACCUCUGGAACCUUCCUGUUCAAACCUUACCUACAGACACCUAAAGGAAGCGUGGUGAGAAACGAGACAUUUACAUAGUUGUUCUGUGUGUGACAGUGACAGUGCCUUCCUACAUGCAACUGAGACGUGAAGGGGAUAUGGAUGUCGUACGGGGCCACUUAAUUUUCAGACAACCCUCCGUUUGCUGGGGCUGAUACUUGAGAUCAUGAUAGAGGUCUAGGGGUGAACUUCUGAUUAGAAGAACCAUGAACAUGGUGGAUGUUGGAAGCUCCUGUACCUUGGGGGUCAGUGAUGUGUGUGGAGCUGCUGCGUAGCCACAGUCAGCUCCACCUUCCUCUUCUCAUUCUACGACAAUCAAUAAGCUAAGAUUCUUGCUUUUCAUGUGAAUGCCAUUGUAUAUGUCUGACAGGGAGGGGACGCCGCAGGACGUGUGGGGAGAAUCAGAAACUGUUGUGCACAUACGAUCCUUGCCCCUCUUCCAAUAUCAAAAAAGCCGCUUGCACUUAUUUCAGUUACUCACUAUUGAUAUUGACACACAACAUCCUAAGAUGUGAUAUCAUGAAGUUAAUGGAAUAAAAAAAUACACAUAAAAAAAAAAAAAGCAGACACCAAGCUAAAUAUUGUGUUAUGUGUGCUUACCUUGUAAAGGUGGGGGCGUCUGGGCCUCAAACACAGCAACAUCUCUUAGGGGAAAACUAGACUAAACGUAACACAGCUAGAGAUUCCCAUGGCCUAUUGCACAGAGGUGAGAGUGGACAGAGAAGUUGUGGGGGGGGGUCGAGGGAGACGUAACCAGGGCCUAGCCACUUCCCCAGCACGGGGGUCACCAACUGCAUGACACUAGAUACACUUAGCGACGCCGUCAUCAGGGACCAGCAGGCCGGGGGAAGUUAGUGCUGUCGGUGGAGGCGGCGGUGUGUGAGCAGCAGCUUCCUCGGGUCUCUCGUCUCGCACUUGGUUAAACUCAUUUUCACUUUUCAUACUCUAGUAGUACAGUAAUUACAGCGUUUUCUGAAUACAUAACACGUUUCGGAUGUAAUGGAACUACACAAUUGGUUUUCAUAAUUUGGUGAAACGGACCCAUCGGUGGCAGGAGGAUAGUGGGAAAUAAAAUGGUCAGUAUUUGGAACUGCAUAAAGACAAAUAAGAAAAAAAAAACAAAAAAUUCAAAUUAUUAAAGUGAAUAUCACUGUGUAAUAUUUAUUCAACUUGUAAUUUAUGUACUCUUUUAACCUUUGUCUUUUUUGUUAUGACAAAGCAUUUAUUUAAAUAAAGUUAUGUAUUCAUUUGAG